AUGAUUGCCAAUGAUAAUCUCAUUGAGGGUGGCGGCGGUAGCCCAUCGUUAGACUACCUAAUAAAUAAUCAGGCCAACGCUCAAACUGAGAGUUACAUCAGCAAGGCCCUCUUUGGCUUCGCCAUACCAUCCGUCUGGGCCGUCUCCGGUACCGCCUCCUUCGUCGUCAACUCGGGCUAUGACUGCAGUGCGCAGAGCCCUUUGACCGAUUAUAUGACCGCAUCAAGUCAGAAUAUUGUGACUAUUACCAACGAGGCUAUCUUCAAGUAUGCCUCUAAUGUUUCUGUAGGUGCGAAGGGUUAUAUGGAGUGUGGUGGUAAUGCAGGUAAGAAGGUUGGGGAUCAGAAUGGUGCUUCUAGUCUUGAAAGACACCCCGCGCUUCCCUCCGCCCCAGCAACUAGCGUCAUACAUAGACAUCCACAUGUGGCAUUUCCACCACAUCCCCCAAAAGAGCAAUCCCCAGCUUACUCCGAUCCAAAAACCCUUCCUCAUCUGCAGCAAUUUGAGCUGCCGCUUCAGGCGCCAUCACCUUCGCCGAGAACGUCUGGAAGGCUGUCUGGUCCGCAAAGUGGCAGGAGUAAGGGCAUUGCGAGUCGAGUUGUUGUUGCUUUCUUCCGUCUGGGAGUUUUUGAUGGUGGUACGCGCGAUGUACAUGCGCUUGUGGGACAGGGGGAAGUCGUCGCCAGAGAGACGCUUGACCAGCUCGAUGUGGGCUUCGUAGCGGUCCUUGAAGAUUUGGAGGUCAAGGCCGGGUUUACGGUAGGCGUAGAUGAUGACUCGGACGGACAUUUUGGGAUUGUUUUGAUGGGACAAUAUUGGGGGGCUUCAAGAGUGAGGUGA